UUUAGGAGCAGUUACUGUGAACGGAGAGACGGGGACAUGAGCGGCUAUUGAGGGCGGCCAGGGUGCAAGUGAGCCGCCCCGCUCGGUGUGCGGGCUAAGCUUCGAUAGAGGACCACAUGACGGGGCACCACAAGGAGAAGUGUUAUGAGUGUGACGUGUGUGGCAAGUCCUGGCAGUACCCGAGCCUGCUGGCGAUACACCGGCGGGUUCACACGGGAGAACGCCCCUUCGACUGCACGGAGUGCGGCAAGAGUUUCAAGUCGCCAAGUGAACUGAAGUUCCACCAGCGAGUGCACAUCGGCGAGAGGUCCUAUGGCUGCUCCACCUGUGGCAGGAGCUUUGCCCAGUUGUCGAGGCUGCGGGAGCACCAGUGGGUGCUCAGCAGUGAGCGGCCCUUCACCUGCUCCGUCUGUGGCAAAGGCUUCACGUUGUUGUCGAGACUGAAGGUGCACAGGCGGGUGCACACCGGGGAGCGGCCCCACACCUGCAGCAACUGCGGCAAGGGCUUCACCCGCUCCUCCAGCCUGCUGGUGCACCAGCGCACCCACACUGGCUGGCGCCCCUACACCUGUGCCCCGUGCGGCAAGGGCUUCACCCAAUCCAGCAGCCUGCUGCAGCACCAGCACACCCACACCGGUGAGCGCCCCUACACCUGCGCACAGUGCGGCAAGGGCGUCACCAGCUCCACCAGGCUGCUGGUGCACCAGCGCACCCACACCUGUGGGCGUCCCUACACCUGUGUCCAGUGUGGCAAGUGAUUCACCACAUCCAUCAGCCUGCUGCAGCACCAGCACACCCACACCGGCGAGCACCCCUACACCUGUGCCCAGUGCGGCAAGGGCUUCGCCACAUCCAGCAACCUGCUAAGGCACCAGCGCACCCACACCGGCGAGCGCCCCUACACCUGUUGGCGUGCACCCCUGUGCGGCAAGGGCUUCAUCUGCUCCAGCCAGCUGCGGUCCCACCAACGGGUGCACACCGACGACCGUCCAGUGUGGAGAGCGCUUUGCCAUGGCCUCGCACUCCCUGUCUCACCAGCACGAGCACACCAGUAGCCAGCCCUUCGACUGCCCGUACUGUGGUGAGGAGUUUGACAGCUCGCGGGGGUUGCGGCAGC